AUGGCGAGACCGGGAGCUCUGCCGCCGCCGCCCGGCUCCCCGAGCCCGCCGCUCGCCGACGGGGCGGGCCGGCACCGGGCACCGCCUGGGGGCGUGACGGGGCGGUGUCCGCCCACCUUGGGGUUUACGGCCGCGGGGACAUGGCUGGCCGGACCCCGUCUCACCUCUGCCCGCCUCGCCCGGCCCGGCCCGCGGCGGGACCCGGGGCUUGCCCGGUGCCGGGAGGCGGCGGCCCCCCGACGGGCCGGUUCCUCGCUGCCGUCUCACGGCGGGCCGAUCCCGGGCGAGGCGGGCGGGGUGCCCGGUGUCGGUGCCCGCUUCUCGCCCCUCUCCUCCCGGUUUCCCCGUGUCCCCGCAGCCCCUCCGGUGCCCGCCCCCGCCGUCCGUGGGCUGCAGGGCGGGACGGCCUCGGGGGCGGGCAGAGCCCGGCGGCGGCUCCCGCCGAGCCUCCUCCGGCCGCCGGGCGGCGCCGGUGCGCGGCGCUGCCCGCUCGGGAAAUGGCGGCGGCGGCUUCGCCUCGCCGGGGCCCCCCCCCGGGCAGGGGCCGGACGGGCCGCGCCGCCAUAUUGGCUGUUGUCCUGUCUGCGGCGGCGCCGGGCCGCUCUCGCCAUGACUCGCAGCGUCACCUUGAGCCCGGGGGACGCCAUCUCAGGCCGGGCCCCGCUGCGAGCCAUGCCGUGCCCCGGGGUGACUUGUGGCCUGUGUGUCCCGCCACAGGGGCUGCCCACCGCCAACCAGUCAGUGCAGACGUGCUGCCUGCUCUGCCACCGCGAGCGCAAGGACUGGGGCGGGCCGUCCCACAAUGGGCUGGUUUCCCCCGGCGAGAGGCUGCCGCCGGACUUCGUGCCAACGCUCGUGCAGAACCUCCUGGGAGAGAUGCCGCUGUGGAUCUGCCAGAGCUGCCGGAAGAGCGUGGAGGAGGAAGAGCGGCGGGCGGUGCAGGAGCAGGCCCUGGCGGUCUCGUUAUCCCACACGUCCUGCAAGUCGCAGUCUUGUGGGGGUGGCUCCCACUCCUCUUCCUCUUCCACCUCCUCCUCUUCUUCCUCGUGCCACGGGAACUCAGGGGACUGGGACCCCAGCUCUUUCUUGUCUGCUCACAAGCUCUCGGGGCUCUGGAACUCGCAGCACACCAACGGGGCCGCGCAGGGCAGUCCCCUCGGGGCCCCCCCUGCUGCGCUAGGCGACAAGCACCCCAGCCUGGCUCUCUCCCCAGAGUGUGUCGGCCAGGCUCCUGCCGCGGCACCGGGGCUCAAGGCCUGUCCCUACAGCCAUGCGGCCUCCCCUGCAGCCGGCAGCGCCGCCCCGGGCUCGCCUCUGCCUACCUCACUCGACUUCUGCAAGACGCUGCCGAAGCAGUUCAAAAGCAUGUGCCGGAGGGCCACCCCGCCAGGUGAGGCCUUCCACUCCUCAGAGCAUCAUCAGCACUCGGACCUCACUGCUCCUCCCAACAGCCCCACCGGCCUCCCCUCGCAGCCGCCGGCACUGGUGCCCUCCAAGCAGCCCCCUGCCCACCCGGGGCCCUUCGGCUCCUCCCCGCAGCCCUCACUCUUCCCCGCACCCAGCGUGCAGGCGGCAGCCCCGAAGCCAGCGUCCGAGCCCCCUCCCGCUGGCGUCGCCUCCCACGGGCCGGGGUCGUGCAAGAGCCCCCACCUGCCCCCCGCCAACGUGCCGCUGCUGAAGAUGCCGCCUCCGCUUUCCGGCUGCGCCCACCCGUGCAACGGGCACUGCAGUACUUCGCUCAUCCCUCCGCCUGCCUCCCACCAGCUGCCCGGCACCAACAGGGACCCCUCUUGCAAGGGGCACAAGUUCCCAAACGGCACCGGCUGCCACCCGCCGCAGCCGUGCGAGGCGGACGAGGGGCUCGGGGAGGACGAGGACAGCAGCUCGGAGCGCAGCUCCUGCACGUCCUCCUCCACCAACCAGAAGGACGGCAAGUUCUGCGACUGCUGCUACUGUGAGUUCUUCGGCCACAACGCGCCCCCGGCCGCUCCCACAAGCCGCAACUACGCCGAGAUCCGGGAGAAGCUGCGUUCGCGCCUCACCAAGAGGAAAGAGGAGCUGCCGCAGAAGCUGGGGCACAACAGCAGCUCGGGAGAGCCGGCUGUGGACCACCGCAACGUGGACGAGCUGCUGGACUACAUCAACAGCACGGAGCCCAAGCCCCUGAACAGUGCCAAGGCGGCCAAGCGGGCACGGCACAAGCAGAAGAAGAAGGAGAAGGAGAAAGCCCAGCUGGAAGCGGAGGCCCAGAAGCGUGCAGAGCGCGCCCCUGCAGCCAGCCAGGCCAGGGAGCCGGCCGAGGAGAAGCUGCUGGAGUGGCCAGAGCUGGAGCUGGAGCGAGUGAACAGCUUCCUCAGCAGCCGGCUGCAGGAGAUCAAGAACACCAUCAAGGACUCCAUCCGGGCCAGCUUCAGCGUCUAUGACCUCAACCUGGAUGUCAACGACUUCCCCAAGAAGGCAGCUGUCCUGGAGCAGAAGAACCUGCUCUCCCACCUCAACGGCUCCUCCGACCUGCAGGACAUAGACCUGGCCCUCGCCCCGCUCAGCCUGGGCCCCGCCAAGAGCCACUCGCUGCUCCGUGGCGAGCUGGGCCCCCGAUGGGGCGAGGGGCCGGGGGAGCCGCCGCCAGCCCCGCCGGCUGAGAACGGCGUGGUGAAGCGCCUCAGCGCCGUGCCCAGCCUCUCCCGCAUGAUCUGGGUGCAGUCCAAGGCCGCGGACUCCGCCGUGGACGGUAGCGGGCUGAGCCCGGAGCCCAAGGAGGGGCCGCAGCCCAAGGGGCUGGAGCCACCGGAGCAGGUGGUGGCGGGAGGCCGGCAGCGGAAAAACAAGCGGCAGAGUGGGCAGGUGAAGAAGGGGGACGGUGCUGCGGUGCCUGGGGGCCAGGCCAGGCUGGAGAGCCCUGGCGCGAAGGGGCAGGUGCUGGGAACCAAGCACCCUUCGAAGCCCGGCGCCACGGAGCCACAGCGGGCGGGUGGCUGCGCCGAGGCGGUGGAGGGCAGCAAGGGGCAGCCCUGGGGCUGCGGCGGUGCCAGGCUGGAGAAGGAGAGGAGCGGCGACUGGAAGGGCCGGAGGGGAGAGGGCAAAGCCGAGCUGCCGGAUCCGGCACAGCCGCCCAGCGCAGCCCCUGGGGACCGGCAGCUGCCUCACCCACUGCUCGGGGGGGGGUCCCCCCAGCCCAAGGGCAAGAGCAGGAAGAGCCGGAACAAGGUGGAGAAAUCCAGUACCUCUAUCGAUGACGUGUUCCUGCCCAAGGACUUAGACGGGGUAGAGAUGGACGAGACCGACCGAGAAGUGGAGUAUUUCAAGAGGUUCUGUCUGGACUCUGCCAAGCAGACGCGCCAGAAGGUGGCCGUGAACUGGACCAACUUCACCCUGAAGAAAACCACUUCCAGCGCAGCGCAGUGAGGCGCGGGGCAGCCCCCCGCCCCCGGCCGCUCCGCUCUCCUCACUGUGCCCCUCGCCACCGCCCUCCCCGGGGGUCCCCCCGGCUCUCCUCUGUGGGGUCCCCCCUCCGGGGGGGGUCCCGGUGCUCUCCUGCCCCGCGGGACCCCUGGGGCUCCCUUCGCCCCCUUCCUCCCCGCUGCGGGGUCACCCCCACCCCGGCCGUCCCCUCGCCCCUCUCCGCCCGGCUCCCUGCGGAGAAGAAAGGCCCGUGCUGGACCCAAUAAAGAACUUUUUAAUUUUUUAUUUUAUUUAA